UUAAAUUCGUUCAUAGUGGAUAUUGUGAAAUAAAAUUGGUGUGAUUUUGUGUUACAACUGUCUGCGUAACUGAAGAAUUAGUAGAAUCGUCAAAAUAUACGCUAUUCCGGUCAAGUGGACGUGGGAAUUUUAUUGUAGUAUUAACUACCUCACAGAAGCUUAUCGAAAAAGCCAGCUCGAUACAUUUCGCGCCAAACACUUCAAGAAACAUUAGAAUGCGUCACACCGACAUUCUAAUGUAAAAAGAAAAAUAGAAUAAUUUAACUUAAGACUAGGCUGUAUGGGCAUUGUUCCCCUUGCCUUCCCUGAAAAGGGAGAACUUAACCAAAAAAAAAAUUAAAAAAAACACUUUACGUCAAGGAAGUUUAUUUCUUUCUGUACCUCGUACAAUUGGUCUGUGCUCGUACAAUAGUCGAAGUAGUCUGGCCUAGUUCAAAUCAGAAUAUUUAUAGAAACCCGCCCAAAUCAAUUUAAACUCUAUUAAAAGUAAUCAUGUCCCCAGAAGACACUGUGGAAAGAUUUAAAAUACUAGGUUUAAGUGAACAAAAAGCUAAAGAAACAUUAAAAAAUAGUAAUGUAACAAAACUUUUACUUGCGGCGAUUAACGAGGUCGAAAUUUCAAAAUUACCUGCUGGAGCGGGUAUGCUGGUAUACCAUCUGGCAACGAAAAUCAAACCUCAAAUUUCAAAUAAACUUCCAUUUGUUUGUAAUUACAUUGCCUGUGGAAAGCUUGAUUCGACACUACGAGUUGAUGCAGCCCUUGAGUAUCUUCUGAGUAAUGUGAAUGAAACUAGCAUUAAUAUUGAAGCCUUGGAUAAAGCCUGUGGUGUCGGAUUGGUGGUAACACCAGAGCAGGUGGAGCAAGCUGUUGAGCUUCAUAUGGCAAAAUUUAAAAAUGAAUUGCUUGAAAAGAGGUAUCGCUUUAACUCUGGCAUUAUUAUGCAAGCUGUCAGAACCGAAUUACCCUGGGCUGAUGGGAAAGCUAUAAAAAAUGAGGUUGAUGUUCAGAUUUUAGAUCUUCUCGGCCCUAAAACUGAGGCAGACCUUGCACCUCUUCCUAAGCCAGAGAAAAAACCGAAAGGUGGAGAAACCAACAAUAAGCCCAAACAGAAAGACAAGAACAAACAAGUGGCAAAACCUAAAGUUGAAGUAGGAGGUGAUGUGGGAGGAGCUUCAUCCAUUGCUGACCUAAUGAGGAAACUCCCCUUCCACGCUCCUGGGGAGAACUACAAAUCUGAUGGAUAUGUGGUCACUCCAGAUACUAAAAGGUUGCUUGAAGAACACCUUAAAAUCACAUCUGGCAAGGUGCGCACUAGAUUCCCACCAGAGCCCAAUGGUAUUCUUCACAUAGGACAUGCUAAAGCUAUCAAUAUAAAUUUUGGAUAUGCUGCAGCUCAUGAUGGGAUUUGCUUUUUGAGGUAUGAUGAUACCAAUCCUGAGAAAGAAGAGGAGAAAUUUUUCAUUGGUAUCAAAGAUAUGGUGGAGUGGCUCGGUUACAAACCAUACAAAAUAACCCACUCAUCUGAUUAUUUUGAUCAGUUGUAUGAGUGGGCAGUGCAGUUGAUCAAGAAGGAUCAUGCAUAUGUCUGUCAUCAGAAGUCGGAAGAAAUCAAAGGAUACAAUCCUCCUCCUUCUCCUUGGAGAAAUAGGCCAAUUGAAGAAAGUCUGCAGUUAUUUGAGGACAUGAAAAAUGGUAAAAUUGAUGAAGGCGAUGCCACUCUUAGAUUGAAGAUAACUUUAGAAGAAGGUAAACAAGACCCAGUGGCUUACAGAAUAAAGUUUAAACCACAUCACCGCACAGGCAGCAAAUGGUGUAUUUAUCCUACAUAUGACUACACACACUGUCUCUGUGACAGUAUCGAACAUAUUACACAUUCUCUAUGCACUAAGGAGUUCCAAUCAAGAAGAUCUUCUUAUUACUGGUUAUGUAAUGCGCUUGGCAUCUACUGUCCUGUACAAUGGGAGUAUGGUAGACUUAACGUAAAUUACACAGUAGUCUCUAAAAGAAAGAUUGCUAAACUCAUUGAUGAAGGCAUUGUGAAUGAUUGGGACGAUCCUCGAUUGUAUACUUUGACGGCGCUGCGCCGUCGCGGCUUGCCAGCAGCCGCCAUCAACAGUUUCUGCGCUGGUCUGGGCGUUACGGGGGCACUCGGUGCCGUGGAUCCUUCUAUGUUAGACGCUGCAGUACGAGACGUGCUCAAUAUUACCGCGCCAAGAGUCAUGGUUGUGUUAGAGCCACUGAAAAUAACAAUCAAAAACUUUCCUAGCGAUAAACCAAUCACUAUAAAUGUACCCGAUUUUCCUAAUGAACCUGAGAAAGGAUCUCAUAAGGUGGUCCUAUAUAAAGUGCUUUACAUAGAAUCUACAGACUUCAAGGAAUCACCAGGGAAAGGUUAUCGCCGUUUGACACCAACUCAAUCAGUAGGAUUGAGACAUGCUGGAUAUGUUUUAAAGUGGUUAAGGUGGAUAGGACGCUCCAGUCGCCAAAACCAAAUACGAAAAUAAUUUCUAGAUAAAAAUAAAAUUAAUGGAAAGUGAAAGUCGACGUUGGAUAUUUUUAAACAAGAUACACACUCGCUGUUGUCUGAAAAAAAAAGCUGGAGUCGACGAUGUUGCUAGAGCUACUUAGAGAAGUAAAAUUAUUUGGAAAACAUAGGAGAUUGGGCAUCUUAGUAUGGAGCUUGGGGACGAACUAAAGAUUUUUGUACUUCAAUCAAAUAAGCUUAAAAAUAUUGCUUAUAUUUAAUACUUUUAGGGUUUUUUUAUUUCUUUAAUCUCCGUACUCUCUGAGCAAAGUUAUUGGAAUUUAAAAAAAUAUAUCUACAUAACCUCUUUUUACAAUCCCCGCUACUAUGCAACUACUCUAAUCUUAAUAUUACCUAUAUACAAACACAUAAUCACGCUCACAAUCCUAAAAGGGGUUGAGCAGUGCUGCGGGUAACAUUUGUUUACACAUUUUAUUAUUUAGCAUUACAUUAUUAUAAGCCGCGCCAAUAAAGAAACGAAUCUAAAAUGGCGGCGGCGAUCAUGCGCUCUCACUCUAAACUAUUGCUGUCUUUAGUCGCACACGGCGCGUACAGCAUGCAAAAAAAAAAUAUCAGUUCUGACUUUGUUCUCGCACUGUCUCGACAUUACCUAAUAAACAACUUUUUCUUUCUAUCUAUCUUUUUAUUUGUUGGCCCUAGCAUCUGUCAGUGCAGGUACAUAGACGCCAUUUUUGAUUCGAUUCUUUAUUGGCGCGGCUUAUAGCAUCAUUUUACACGGCAAUAGCGAGAAAUCGACUGACUGACAGAUCUGAGUUCUGACAGUGAUCACAGUGACACUGACAGACACUGUUCACAUUGACAGAACAACGGUGAUUUUUUCGAAACGUAUUGCUGGAACUCCGAGUAGAUAUACAUUCUUUUAUUUAAGGAUUUUUUGUUUUAAUCGUCUUUUGUAAAUAAAUCAUAGUCACACGAAUAAUAUGUUCUAUUAUUCUUUGUAUAUGUAUUUUCGUAUCUUGGACUAGUUCUAACAAUGUUAAUGACAUUAAUAGGUUAAGAUUGGAAACCUAAGUUAACGUUUCGGAACGCUAUCCGCGAUCCGGAUAUCGCUUGGGGUGGCGAGACGACGACGUCCCGUAUAGCAACCGACCACCAAGCACCGGGUGGGCUUAUCACAUAGGAAAUCAUUCUACAUUUUAAAAAUAUCGCAUAUUUUUGUGAGAGUGCGAAAAUUGCUGAAAUUUGGUAUUCAGUCAUCAAUAAUUAGAUAACGAUUUUUGUCAGUAUUUUCAUUAGUGUACAAUUGAGAGAUAAAAAUCCCUAAAAUGCCCAAUCUCCUUUAUUAAACUUCACUCGUGUUUAGCUCACGCACCUCAGACGGGUUGGAGUAAUUCGUUGAAAAAUGGAACUCGCUGGUUUGAUUUCCGUCUGUAGUUCAUCGACUUAUGUUAGUAUAUACAUUUUAUAUGCUAAAAAUACUCAUUUAAGUAACCGAUUUUAGGUGGCCAAUGUUAUUAAAGAUAAUUUCGGUGGAAUUGUCGAGCUAGAAUGCACAGCGGAACCCUCCGAGUCUGCAGAUAAACCUAAAGCUUUCAUUCACUGGGUAUCUGAACCAGUGAAAGUAGAAGUGCGUUUGUAUGAACCUCUGUUCAAACAUAAAAACCCCGAGGAUCCCAGCGAAGUCCCAGGUGGGUUCCUAUCGGAUUGCUGCGAAGACACACUGCGAGUUGUUUCGGCACUCGCAGACGCUUCCAUCAGAGGGGCAAAGGUGUACGACAAAUUCCAAUUCGAGAGGAUAGGUUUCUUCUCUGUCGACCCUGACGCUAGUGCUAGUCAUAUCGUUUUAAACAGAACUGUUUCCUUAAAAGAAGACACGGGAAAAUAAAUAUGUUAUUCUUAAACUCUUUGUAAUACACAAAGUGUCAUAUUUAUCGCUGAAUAAUAAAUGAUUGUUUAUUCAUUACUA